AUGACUACCGCAAUGGGCGAAUCUCUUGAAAUAGACAUUGACUCUGUUAUUGAUAGGUUACUUGAAGUAAGAGGUAGUCGACCCGGUAAACAAGUUCAACUUGCAGAAUUUGAAAUUAAAUAUCUAUGCACAAAAGCAAGAGAAAUUUUUAUUUCUCAGCCGAUACUUCUUGAACUUGAAGCACCAAUAAAAAUUUGUGGUGAUAUACAUGGUCAAUAUUAUGAUUUGUUAAGGCUAUUUGAAUACGGAGGAUUUCCACCAGAAGCAAAUUACCUUUUUCUUGGUGACUAUGUUGAUAGAGGAAAACAAUCAUUAGAAACAAUUUGUCUUUUAUUGGCCUACAAGAUAAAAUAUCCAGAAAAUUUUUUUAUUUUACGCGGAAAUCAUGAAUGUGCAAGCAUUAAUCGUAUUUAUGGAUUUUAUGAUGAGUGUAAAAGAAGAUAUAAUAUUAAAUUAUGGAAAACCUUUACAGACUGUUUUAAUUGUUUACCUAUUGCUGCUAUAAUUGAUGAAAAGAUUUUUACAAUGCAUGGUGGGUUAUCACCUGAUCUUCAGAGUAUGGAACAAAUUCGAAGAGUUAUGAGACCUACAGAUGUACCAGACACAGGUUUACUAUGUGAUUUGCUAUGGUCAGAUCCUGAAAAAGAUAUUACUGGAUGGAGUGAGAAUGAUAGAGGUGUAUCGUAUACAUUUGGAUCAGAUGUGGUUAGUCGAUUUUUACAAAAACAUGAUAUGGAUUUGAUAUGUAGAGCACAUCAAGUGGUAGAAGAUGGAUACGAAUUUUUCGCCAAACGACAACUUGUUACAUUAUUUUCUGCGCCAAAUUAUUGUGGAGAAUUUGAUAAUGCAGGUGCAAUGAUGAGUGUAGAUGAAACCCUCAUGUGUUCAUUCCAGAAAAAGAAAUUUACUUAUGGUGGUAUGAAUGCAGGAAGGCCAGUUACUCCUCCACGUAGUGCUGCUAAGAAGAAAAAAGAAAUGGCCAAAGUAACAUAA